AUGGGGCGUUCUGGCAGUUGGGGCCAUGAUCAUGGUCCCGUCUGCUCUUGCUGCUAUUCGCCUCGAUAUAGGCCCUCGAAAACGUCCAGGUUGCCGAGAUCACACCCUGAUGCCCACGUCAGACGCGACAAGCAAGAAGUUCUGUUCAACAAACCAGACUCAGACUUUGAUCUCCCGCUUCGCUGCAAGCCGGCUCAGGGCAAGCUUCUCACACUCACCGACGACGAAAAGUGGGCUGCCUGCUGCCCGCCCGGUUCUCGACUGCUCGGCACGAUUAACACAGCGUUUGACUGCUGUGGCGAGGGUCAUGACUUGGCAGGAAGCAAAGAUACGGGAUGGACAUGUUGUCCUUCGGGCUACGAGGAUGAUGGAACCAAGUGCAAAGACCCAAAGCCUCUCUGUCCCAACGGAAUGGAGCUCGUGGACGGGAAGUGUGUCUGUCCACCCGGGACUACCCAGGCUGCGGAUAGAACCUGUAAGCCAAACACGGCCAAUGGAGGUGAUGGCAAUGGGGGAAACCAGGCCGGAAAGCAUCCUUUAGGUCCUUGUUCAUCAGAAAUCUCCUCUGAUGGACAACGGCGAGUAUCUCGGUUUCAACAAGAAGUGAUCAACCCCGGUGAUCCCAUUCGCAUUCUAGACCUUCACGGUGAACCGAAUAGCGGGAAGGACCCCAACCAGUGGCUCAAUAACGCACAAAACGGAGGCCACAUUGCCUGUACACCCAAGUUUGAGGAUGCCGGCGUAUUCACAAUCAGCAAAUGGACGGAGGGCAAAUACUGCAUCUCAGGCCUGGAGACCGGCGUCGGUCCUACCUGUCCCAGUGAUAGCCCUGCCCUGGUGGCCAAAGUCCUGGUAGUCAGUUCCCAGGUGGACAGUUCCCAGGUGGACAGUUUCCCGGUGGGUACUUUCCUAAUGGACAAAACCCAGGUGAUCGGUUUCCUGGUGGCCAGAACCCAGGUGGUCAGUUUCCCGGUGGUCAGAACCCAAGUGGUCAAAACCCAGGGGGACAGAAUCCCGGUGGUCAGUUUCCAAGUGGCCAGAUUCCCGGUGGUCAGUUUCCUGGUGGCCAGUUUCCUGGUGGCCAGUUUCCCGACGGACAGAACCCUGGUGGACAAAAUCCUGGAUGCCGCUCUCCUCCGACUGGGACACUUACGCCGGGAGGUGGCGCAACUCCGACCUGCCCGCCUGGGCAGCCAUGGAAGGAUGGAACCUGUGUUAUCCCCAUCACCGAUUGUGCUGACCGGGCUCAUCCCGAGUUUGGCGAUACGUCGUAUAAUCCGGCGAACUUCCCCUGUUCCAUUGGUCGGGAGCGUCCGUGCCGUGGUGAGCAAGUUCAAGACUGGAAGCCAGCCAACCUUCCUUGGACUGGCACUCACCGCCAGCCUGGACCCCCUCAGCCUUAUGAAACGACGAUCAACUUUGACUUUGAUGUCAUAA